AAAAAAUACCGAACAUAUCUAUCUUUUUCUUUUUUAAAAAAAAUAAAAAAGAUAAAAUAAUCCUUAAGCGUACAAAAUUCAGGUCAACGCCAAAACUCUCUUUUUUCCUUUAAACACAAUCAACGGCUCUAAUUUUCUGAAUCUCUAGACCCCCAAAAACGCUGGACGGUCUCCGAUGUGGGAUCAGCAGUCCAAUACUUGGGCCUACACAAUUUAAACCUUUCAUCACUAAUUUUGUUCUAAGAGUUGUUUUUGGUUCUAAUGGCCAUGGCAUGAGAGGGAGAGGAAGCGUUCUAGAGAGAGAGAGAAAACGUUUUUGUAAGAAGAAUCCUGUUAUUACAUAACCAGAGGUAGAUCCCACGGUAGUGGCAAGCUGCCUUUCUUCGUUUUCACUCACAGCUUCGAAAUUUUGCCUUUUUAGGGGUCUAAGGAGGUUCUCGCUCUGUGUUUUAUUCUUUAUCACCUUUGCCUCUCUCUCUCUCUCUCAAGCUCGUUUUACAGUAUUUUCCCCCCUUCUUUUCCUUUCUGGGAAAAGGGUUUUUGAUUUUUUUUCCCCUGAAUCGGAGUUGGGUUAGAUUGAAAUUUGGGGGAUUGGGUUCUUCCUAUUGAGUGAUCUGAGUCUGAGCAGAGGUGGAGAGAAAUGGAAGAGUCUCUUCUGUGCCAGUGGAGCGUGAUUAGAUCUCUUUUGGCAAUUCUUCAAUGGUGGAGUUUCAAUGUCACAGUGAUUGUAAUGAACAAGUGGAUCUUCCAGAAACUUGAUUUUAAGUUUCCUCUUACCGUAUCCUGUAUUCAUUUCAUUUGCUCUUCAAUUGGAGCUUUCCUGGUUAUUAAAGUAUUGAAGCUUAAACCAUUGAUAACGGUUGAGCCCGAAGAUCGCUGGAGAAGGAUAUUUCCAAUGUCAUUUGUGUUCUGCAUUAACAUAGUGUUGGGGAAUGUCAGCUUACGAUACAUACCAGUUUCUUUUAUGCAAACAAUAAAGUCAUUUACUCCUGCAACUACAGUUGUUUUACAGUGGCUGGUUUGGAGAAAGUACUUUGAUUGGCGUAUUUGGGCUUCUUUAAUACCUAUUGUUGGAGGGAUUCUUCUUACUUCUGUUACAGAGCUUAGUUUUAAUAUGUUUGGGUUUUGUGCCGCCUUAUUUGGCUGUUUGGCUACUUCCACGAAGACUAUCCUGGCAGAAUCUCUUUUACAUGGUUACAAGUUUGACAGCAUAAAUACGGUGUACUACAUGGCCCCUUAUGCAACUAUGAUUUUGGCUGUACCUGCAAUGCUACUUGAAGGUAAUGGGGUUCUGGAAUGGCUUCACACCACGCAGGCUCUUGGUUCAUCACUUGUUAUUAUUUUCAGCUCCGGGGUGUUGGCAUUCUGUCUCAACUUCUCCAUUUUUUAUGUCAUUCACUCCACAACUGCUGUCACAUUCAAUGUUGCCGGGAACCUUAAGGUUGCAGUUGCUGUCCUUGUUUCGUGGAUGAUAUUCCGUAACCCGAUCUCAGGUCUGAAUGCUGUUGGUUGCGCAAUUACACUUGUUGGGUGCACAUUCUAUGGCUAUGUGAGGCACAUGCUUGCCCAACAGCCACCAGGAACGCCCCGAACUCCCCGAACACCUCGUACUCCCCGAGCCCUUAUGGAACUGCUUCCCCUUGUAAAUGAUAAAUUAGAUGAUAAAGUCUAAUGGUUUCAAGAAGUCAAGCAUGAGAUGAGGCUCAUCGCAGUUUGAUAAGGGUUGAUAGGAAGAGUACAAAAGAAAAUUAAAAUGAAAAAACUCACAGCUCUUUGUUGUGUAAACUGGCAUUAGACUAAACUUUUUUUAAAUUUGUUUUCCCUACUGGGAAUAUUUUCAAAUUCUUGUUUUGUAUUCAUUUUUUUCAUGUUUUAUUGGGUAUCUUAUUAGUACUUUUGAGUUUGAGACAA